UGGGGGUACAUGUAAAGAACAUGGAAGAUUGUUGCAUAGGUAUACACGUGGCAGUGUGAUUUGCUGCCUUCCUCCCCAUCACCUACAUCUGGCAUCUUUCCCCUUGCUAUCUAUGUACAUGGAAGAAUCUGUGGUUAAACAACUAGAUACUAGUAACACAGUUUAGGAACUUCAAAAAUCAGGUCAGUAUUUUUAAAAAGCACUUGUAUUUCUAUAACCUAGCAGAAAACAGUUAAAAGUGAAAUACAUAUUUACACUACCAUCAAAAACAAAAUGUUUAAACUUUGAGUAAAUGCAGGAGAGUAUCUUUGUGACUUUGGAAUAGGUAAAGAUAGCACAGAUGGGACAUGCAAUGAUGUAAACUAUUUAUAUAAGUAUAUAGAAAUAACAAAAUGUUUUAAAUCACCUUUCAACUGCCAUCAGAAAAAGAAAUUUCUGCUUUUCUUCUCCAAUUAUGGGCAAACCGAAAAGUAUCAGAGUCGAGUAUCAAUUUAGAUGUUUAUUUUGCCAAGGUUGAGAACAUGCCCCAGAGAGAGGUCAGUGGCUUUCUCCAAAAAUGAGUUUGAGAGCUUCAGUGUUUAAAAGGGAAAAGUGGGCUGGAGGGGAAAAAGGGGGGGUUGUGGUAAUCCACAGUGGCAAGACAGAAGGACGGGUAGGAGAAUAGUCAUGUAUUCAUCUCACACUCGGUAAAUCAGCACUUUACAUAACAUAAGGUGCCCGUAGAAGAAUAGCUACUGUUGAGAUAGUAGAAACAAAAGGAAAGGCAGCUUCUUGCAUGACUCAGCUUUCAGUUUAAUAUUUCCUUUUGACAGAGUGGACUGGGGUUCCUAGUUUUUAUUUUCCUUUCACAACACCAUAGUAUUUGUUCACUUCUUCUGUCUCAAAGUUGCUGGCUAGUGGAUGUAUGCUGUUUUCCCCAUGAUCACCGCAGGAUACCAUCUUUGUUCUUCACAUUUCCCUCUUAUCGUCCCUAUAUUUCUGUGUUUUUACUUUUACUUUUUAAAAAAAAGUAUAGUGAAUACUCUAAUGAAAUAAUUAUACCCACCACUUUAAUUUACAGUUCUUUGUAUUUCUACCUGAAAAUUCAGAGAGAAUAGUAAAAUGAACCCAAUACACAUUAUUCAGUUCUAAAAAUUAUCAAGUGUGGCCAAUAAUGCUCAAUUGACUUUUGAGGGUGAGAAGAGGUGUGUAAGCACACGCAAACAUCAUUUUCACUCAUGAAUGUUCUGAAAGUUUGUAUACAAGGAAGGGCUUAUUUUUUAAAACCCAAAAUAUUUUUAUAAUAACAAAACUAAUGUUGAUAAUCUAAUAUCCAAUUAGUGUUCAGAUUUCACUGGCUGUUAAAACUCUUCACAUAUUCUUCGAUGCAAUCAGUAUCCAAAUUGCAUUGGAUCACUCAUUGCCUUAGACUGACUAUGUGUUUGACGACUUUGAUUCCUGACAGCUCACAUUCCCCAUGCUAUUAAUUUGUAAAGGCUUUGGUGUUACACAGUACUGAAUAAUUGCCAAGGCCAUCUGCCUAUGGCCUUCUCAAGUCUGUCUGCCCCUGUGGUUAUCCUGAGUUUAAACCCAGGGAGACUGAGGCUAGAAGAGGCAGACAGCUUUCACGUGUUCUUCUGUCCAAUGCAAAAAAACACUUGGACUCUGAGUCCUAACCAUAAACACAAGACCUCACCUGCAGGCGUUCCAUAUCCUUUUAACCCCUCAGUGAUGUAAACAACAAACCUCACCCAGCUCCUGGGGCACAGGGUCUUCACUCCCAGGCAAGCUUGUCCUAGAUUUGCAGGGAGUCUGCCUCCCUAGACCUUUUGGCCAGACCCCCACGUGGGGAUCGUGCAGGUGCGUUCUCCCCAGCUCCGCAGUUGGUAUUGGAAUCAGAUCUGGGUCACACCUGGGGAGGGCAUCUACCCAGCCACCCUCUGACUUCUCUCUUUUCACAGAUUGGCCAUCUGUAAGCUUCCCUUCUCCAUGAAGAGCAGGAAGACAGCCAUGGAAUCCCAGGGAGCCAAGACAGAGGAAUAUAUGCAGAAUGUGUCCUGCCACCCAAGAAUCUUGGACUUGCACAUCAGAGGCAACACCAACUACAAUUUUCUGAUCAAAGCUGCCAGAGCGACACAGCUGAAGGUCAAAAGAAAGAAAAAGGCUCUAAGCCCAUGGUAUUUUCCAGCCCACCCCUAAAACAUACAGUAAGCUCAAGGAGGAGGAACAGUGUAAUGGAAAUAGAGUCUAGUCAAGGCCAGAGGGAAAAUCCUACAGAAAUAGACAAAGUAUUGAAAGGAAUAGAAAAUUCAAGAUGGGGAGCAUUCAAAUGUGCAGAGGCUGGGCAAGACUUCAGCCAGAAGAUAAUAGUAAUCAUACACAAAAAAGCACAUUCCAGGCAGAAGCUUUUUACAUGCAGGGAGUGUCACCAUGGCUUUAGAGAUGAGUCAGCAUUUCUCUUGCACCAGAAGACACACACGGGAGAGAAGUCCUAUUUGUGCAGUGAGUGUGGACGAGGCUUCAGCCUCAAGGCAAAUCUCCUCAGACACCAGAGGACACACUCAGGAGAGAAGCCUUUUCUGUGCAAGGUGUGUGGACGAGGCUAUACUAGUAAGUCAUACCUCACUGUGCAUGAGAGAACACACACAGGAGAGAAGCCUUAUGGAUGCCAGGAGUGUGGGCGACGGUUUAAUGAUAAGUCCUCAUACAACAAGCACUUGAAGGCACAUUCAGGGGAGAAGCCUUUUGUGUGCAAGGAGUGUGGGCGAGGCUAUACCAACAAGUCAUACUUCGUUGUGCACAAGAGGAUACACUCAGGAGAGAAGCCUUACAGAUGCCAGGAGUGUGGCCGAGGCUUUAGCAAUAAGUCACACCUCAUCACACACCAGAGGACACACUCAGGGGAGAAGCCCUUCGCGUGCAGGCAGUGUGAGCAAAGUUUUAGUGUGAAAGGAAGUCUCCUCAGACACCAGAGAACACACUCAGGGGAGAAGCCUUUUGUGUGCAAGGAUUGUGGGCGAAGCUUUAGCCAAAAGUCAACUCUCGUCUACCACCAGAGAACACAUUCAGGGGAGAAACCUUUUGUUUGUAGAGAAUGUGGGCAAGGAUUUAUUCAGAAGUCAACUCUUGUGAAACAUCAGAUUACACACUCAGAGGAGAAACCUUUUGUGUGCAAGGACUGUGGGCGAGGCUUUAUCCAAAAGUCAACCUUCACUUUACACCAGAGGACACACUCAGAGGAGAAGCCUUAUGGAUGUCGGGAGUGUGGGCGAAGGUUUCGAGAUAAGUCCUCCUAUAACAAGCACCUGAGGGCACACUUGGGUGAGAAACGUUUCUUCUGCAGGGAUUGUGGGCGAGGCUUUACUUUGAAGCCAAAUCUCACCAUACAUCAGAGGACACACUCAGGAGAGAAGCCCUUCAUGUGCAAGCAGUGUGAGAAAAGCUUUAGUUUGAAGGCAAAUCUUCUUAGACAUCAGUGGACACACUCCGGGGAAAGGCCAUUUAAUUGUAAGGAUUGCGGGCGAGGCUUCAUCCUAAAAUCAACUCUUCUCUUCCACCAGAAGACGCACUCGGGGGAGAAGCCAUUCAUCUGCAGUGAAUGUGGGCAAGGAUUUAUCUGGAAGUCAAACCUUGUGAAACACCAGCUUGCACAUUCUGGCAAACAGCCUUUUGUAUGCAAGGAGUGUGGGCGAGGCUUCAACUGGAAGGGAAACCUCCUCACACACCAGAGGACUCACUCAGGGGAGAAGCCCUUCAUGUGUAAUGUGUGUGGGCAAGGCUUCAGCUGGAAGAGGAGUCUCACCAGACAUCAUUGGCGGAUACACUCUAAGGAGAAGCCUUUUGUGUGCAAGGAGUGUAAGCGAGGCUAUACCAGUAAGUCAGACCUCACUGUGCAUGAGAGGAUACACACAGGAGAGAGGCCUUAUGAAUGCCAAGAGUGUGGACGGAAGUUUAGCAAUAAGUCAUACUACAGUAAGCACUUGAAGAGACACUUACGUGAGAAGCGUUUUUGUACAGGGAGUGUGGGUGAGGCUUCAUCUUGAAGGCUUCAUAUCUCACCAGCCAGUGAGGCCACAUUCAGGAGAGUAACAUUACUUUGUUACAUGAUUUAGUCAUGGCUGCAUAACUUGUUCCUGAAGAUAAAACAAAGGCAGGCAUAAUCUAGAAGGCUACAGAUAACCUGAACUCAACCCACAUGUCCCCAAGAGAUUCGGAGAAAAGAGGUCCAUGUUUGGGGAACAGAGAUGCCAGCUGAGGAGAGGGCAUUACCUGCGCUACUGAGGAAGUGUGGUCUCUUUCCUACUGAGCACAUAUUAUUGUAUUUGUGCCAGGCUUUCCAAGGACUGCUCUUAGCCAGUGACUGCAGAGCAGGGAUACGAAGGGAGGCCUAUUACUGACACCCUCCCCAACCUCCUUAGACUGCAAGCAGUCUAAGCCUCCACCAAACCUCCUCUUGUACUUUCCUUCCCUCUGGCUGUUCUCCCAUACUUCCUUGACACUAUGGUUUGAAUGUUUUUGUCCCCUCCUUAAUUUAUGGUGAAACUCUACAUAAACUGUUUACUAUUGAAACAGUGUUACAGUAUUAGGAGGUGGGGCCUUUGGGAAGUGAUUAAGUCAAGUCAUGAAGAGAGCUUUUGUGAAUGGGAUCAGGUGCUCUUAUGAAAAGCCUUGGUAGAGGGAAUUUGUCCCUGUGGCCCUUCUAUUUUCUGCUCUGUGAGGACACAAUGCGCCUCCCCUCCAGAAGAUGCAGCGUGAAGGCAUCAUCUUGGAAACAAACAUAAUCCCUCAACAGACAACUGAACCUACCGAUAUGAUGUUGAACUUCCCAGCCUCCCGAACUCUGGGAAAAUAAAGUUCUCUUUAUACA